AUGAAGAAUGAAAUAAUGUUGAACAACAGUAACAAUACUCUAACUGGUCAAACAUCAAACUCGAAUCAAUCACUUGUUGAUUUGAAUAUCCUUGCAACUGUGUUGGGUAUCUUGGGUAUUAAGGUGAAUGCCACUGUAUUAACUUGA